GUCUGUUUUUAUUUUCUAUGGCUAAUUGUGUCCUUUGUGUUUACGUGUGAAGUGUGUGUGGUGUUUAUUUUUUAUAUUUUAAUAACUCAUAUUAACGGGAAGACGUUAUACAAAUCAGCAAAUGACAUUCUGAUAAUUUUUGCGUUUUUCAUUUUGGGUGUUUUAGCAAAUGGUGGAUUUAAAUAUAAAAUUAAGUGUGGAUUUCAUUUUAUUAUCGUUAAUUGCAUUUAGUUAAUAUGAGGGUUAAGUGUUUCAUUUAGUACAAUAUGUCAAAAACUCGUGCUGGCAGGCAUGAAAGGGAUCAACGACGUGAAGGACACAGUAGCUCACCCCCUCAAAAUGUUUCACACUCUGAAAAGACACAUUCGAGGAGUGAGGUAGGAGAUCGUCAUAGUAAAGCUGGCAGUGACAGAUAUUCAGGAAGGGAGAAUGUUGUGGGAAUGCGUUACUACGGCCAAGAGUCGUCGAAAGAAAGAAGUAAUGUUGAUUCUGAAGAUGAAGAGGGCCAGCGAGAUUCAAAAAGAGAAAAUUAUAAGAAAAAAAGAUACUUUGAUGAGAAAGAAAAUGUAAGAGGGAAGGAAAGAGAUGACAAUUAUGGUGAGAACACACAUGGUAGAGUCAAAAGGACUCGCGAGGAUGAUCGUGAUCGUGAGGAUACUGUUGAACCUAAGAUUGAUAAGAGGAGGAAGCAAUAUUACGAUCAUGAUGCAGCUAUUUCUAACAGUAAAUCUUCAGACAGAAUUGAUGCUGGGAAACAGAGAGAAAGUGUUCAUUCCUAUAGAAAUGAAAGAAGAAAAAGGGAAUUAGCUCGUGAAGAUGAUUUAGAAGUAGAUGCACGAGUAAAUUAUAAGGAAUCAAGGGGUUCUAAUAUGGGAUCAACUAGGGAAAGGCAUGUAGAACGAAGUCGAGGAAAUGAUGUAGUAGAGUUGCAUAGAGAAGAUAGACGUUUUGAAGACAGGAGUAGAGAAACUAACUUUGAUAGACAUACAGAAAGUUCCUUCAAUAGGCGAAGAGAAAACGACAACAGCAAAGGAAAGCGUGAUAGUUUAAUGGAACAAAAUACCAAGUUGCAAAAGAAAACGGUGGAUAUGCUCACAUCUCGGACUGGAGGCGCAUACAUCCCACCAGCUAAACUACGAAUGAUGCAAGCCCAAAUCACAGACAAGUCUAGCGCUGCAUACCAAAGAAUCGCCUGGGAAGCCCUUAAGAAAUCCAUCCAUGGUCUCAUCAAUAAAAUAAACACUAGUAAUAUUGGUCCAAUAGUGCGCGAUCUUUUCAAGGAAAAUAUAGUUAGAGGUCGUGGUCUUCUCUGUCGAUCCAUCAUCCAGGCACAAGCAGCAUCUCCUACUUUUACACACGUGUAUGCAGCUCUGGUCGCUGUCAUCAAUUCCAAGUUCCCCAACAUCGGAGAGCUGCUGCUGCGACGACUGGUGCUGCAGUUCCGGCGAGGCUUCAAGCGCAACGACAAGGCCACGUGCAUAUCGGCCGCCACCUUCGUCGCCCACCUCGUCAACCAGAGCGUUGCACAUGAAAUCCUGGCUCUGGAAAUCCUGACACUGUUGGUGGAGUCACCGACCGACGACUCGGUCGAAGUCGCCAUAGCUUUCCUGAAGGAGUGCGGCAUGAAGCUGCUAGAGGUCUCCAACAAAGGGGUCACUGCAAUAUUCGAGAUGCUGCGCAACAUACUGCACGAGGGGCACCUCGACAAAAGGGUCCAGUACAUGAUUGAAGUGAUCUUCCAAGUGCGCAAGGAUGAGUUCAAAGCUCACCCUUCAGUGCUGAAUGAACUGGACAUAGUGGAGGAGGAAGACCAAUUUACGCACUUGAUCAACUUGGACGAGGUGACAGAUUCGCAGGACAUCCUCAAUGUGUUUAAGUUUGAUCCCGAGUAUGAGGCAUCGGAAGCCAAGUACGCAGCCCUACGCAAGGAAAUUUUGGAUGAAGACAGUGAGGGUUCUGAAGGAGAAGGAUCGGGCUCUCAAGAAGAUUCUGAAGAGGAACAAAGUGAAAAUGGAGAGGCUGGCGAGACAACUAUCCUGGACAACACGGAGACGAACCUGGUCGCACUACGCCGCACCAUCUACCUGACGAUCCACUCGAGUUUGGACUUUGAGGAGUGUGCGCACAAGCUGAUGAGGAUGGAGCUCAAGCCGGGACAGGAGAUAGAGCUGUGCCACAUGUUCCUCGACUGCUGCGCCGAGCAGAGAACAUACGAGAAGUUCUUCGGCCUCUUGGCGCAGAGGUUCUGCAUGAUAAACAAGAUCUACAUCCCGCCAUUCCAGCAGAUUUUCAAGGACACCUACGACACCAUUCACAGGCUGGACACCAACAAGCUGCGUAACGUUGCCAAGUUCUUUGCCCACUUGCUGUUCACGGAUGCUAUCUCCUGGGAGGUUCUGUCGUUCAUUCGCUUGAAUGAGGAGGAGACGACGAGCUCCAGUCGCAUAUUCAUCAAGAUCCUUUUCCAAGAGCUCUCUGAAUACAUGGGGCUCACCAAGUUGAACGAGAGGGUGAAGGAUCCAACAUUACAGCUGGCUUUUGAUGGUGUAUUUCCUAGGGACAAUCCAAAGAACACUCGUUUUGCUAUCAAUUUCUUCACAUCUAUUGGUUUGGGAGGCCUUACUGAUGAGCUUCGAGAACACCUGAAAGCCCAACCAAAGACUCCGUUGGUUCCAAAACUGGUGGAGGCUCUUGCAUCUAGCAAUGAGUCUGACUCAAGUGAUGAAUCAUCAGAUUCUGAUUCUAGUAAUGAUUCUAGCUCAGAAUCAGAAAAAGAGAAGCAGAGACACAAGAAACCUAAAAAAUCCAAGAAGAGUAGUCAGAAGAAAUCAAAGAAGAAGAAGAAAAAGAAAAAAAUCAAAACUUGAACAUAUUAUAGAUGAUGUGUGGAAAUAGCUCCCAAAAAAAAUUACAAAAUUUUUUUAUUAUAGUUUUGCAAAUUGACUACACUGGUUUUUUUAUCAGUGUGUUACAGACUGUCAUACUGUACUGUGUCAUUCAUGCUGUUAUACAUGUAACAUGUUUG